AUGGCGCCCGCCGCCCGAUGGUCCCCGCCGCUCCUCCUCCUCCUCCUGCUCGCGGCGACCACGGCCACGGCGACGACCACGACGGCAGAGCAUAAGCACCGGUCCGACUCCGACCCGCCCCCGUCGCCGACGCCGUGGCCGGAGCGUUUCCACGCGGUGCUGUUCACGAACCUGACCAACUACUCGGACGCCUCCACGGGCCCGCCGCUGCGCAUCACGGACCUCUACUACGACUGGCCGUGGCGGCGGAACCUGAACCUGGUGCGCCACCAGCUGUCGCCCGACCCGCUCUACGACGUGGAGUGGAACAACCGCACCACCUUCUACUUCGACUCCUCGGCGUGCCGCGUCGAGCAGUUCCCCGUCGGCGUGCUGCCGCCAUGGUGGCUCUCCGGCGGCGGCGCCGAGUACCUGGGCCGCCGCGCCGCCGGCGGGAUCGACUGCCACGUGUGGGGCAAGGCCGGCUUCAUCUUCUACUACGAGUAG